GUUUGUUUUCCGCUCUUCUGCUCCUACAAUGCCCCCUUUUUGAUUUUAUUUUUCUGAGGGGGGCGGUUUAUUUUUAUCUUUAUUUUCUCACCGAUCCCGCACGCCGAGAGCGAUCGACACUGCUCGCCCCAGACGUGCAAACCCCGGCGAUCAUUCAUCAAUGAAACCUGCCGCGCUGCUCGGAGCGGCCCUUGCGGCCGUGGCCUUCCCCGCGGGCGCCCAUGCCCGCUGUUCUUCCGAUGCGCCGCCUCCCGCCCCCGUUGGCGAUGACCUCACCGAGCCCAAGGAGCUGACGGACCUCUUCGAGAAGGCCAAGAAGGCCGUCAUCGAUCGCCUCCACGAGGACGAGAAGGCCCUGCGCGCCCGCGGCGAGGCGCCUCGCUGCACCGCCGAUAAGCUCAUCUUUCGCCGCGAAUACGGGUCUCUGUCCAAGGAUGAGCGUCUCGCGUACGUCAACGCGGUCAAGUGCCUGCAGAGCAAGCCGCCGCGGACGCCGGCGAGCGUGGCGCCCGGGGCGCGGUCGCGGUUCGACGACUUUGUGGUGGUGCACAUCCAGCAGACGCUCGACAUCCACUACUCGGGCAUCUUCCAGGCGUGGCACCGCUGGUUCGUGUACCAGUACGAGAAGGCGCUGCGGGACGAGUGCGGCUACACGGGCUACCAGCCGUAUUGGGACUGGCCCAAGUACGCGAGCGCGCCCCAGGACUCGCCCCUGUUCAACGGCGACCCGUACAGCCUGGGCGGCAACGGCGAGUACGUGCCCCACGACGGGCCCGUCAUCGUGCCGCCCGAGGGCGUCAGCGGCGGCAACAUCUCGCUCCCGGCCGGCGUCGGCGGCGGCUUCGUCAGGACGGGGCCCUUCGCCAACAUGACGGUCAACCUGGGCCCCGUCGGCGGCCUGGCCGACACCGCCCCGGGCCCCCAGGGCGGCCUCGGCUACAACCCGCGCGGGCUCAAGCGCGACCUGGGCGGGGCCAUGAACACGCGCUACGCCAACUACACCACCGUCCUGCGCCUGCUGACCCAGCCCGACGUCGACGCCUUCCGCACCGUCUCCGAGGGCGUCCCCUACACGGUCGAGAUCGGCCCCCACGGCGGCAUCCACUACACCAUCGGCGGCGACCCGGGCGGCGACCUCUUCACCUCCCCCGGCGACCCGGCCUUCUGGGUCCACCACGCCCAGAUGGACCGCGUCUGGGCCACCUGGCAGGCCCUCGGCCUCCUCCCCCCCGCCGACGGCGGCGACCCCGACCCGGCCCGCCGCUACACCGACCUCGGCAAGGGCGACUACGCCCACCGCACCUGGCAGAACUCCCCGCCCUCCCCCUUUGCCGAGCUGUCCGACGUCAUCGAUAUGGGCUACGCCGCCCCCUCCACCACCAUCGGCGCCGUCAUGUCCACCACCGAAGGCGAGCUGUGCUACUUUUAUCUCUGAAUCGAGAGUGUUGGACGGAGGCAGCCAGGAGAGGAGAAAGAAGGGAAGGACAUCCGUGCUUAAUUAAUCAACAAUAAUAUCCAUAAAGGGGGGGAGGGGGGAAGAAUUGGAGGAAUGUGACCGAGGAUGUUAAUUCUGCGAUUCUCAAAUCCUAUUUAUAUGGGAAUUGGAGGGGAGGUUGUGUGUGAGCACUAAUUAAUUAUUAAAAGCGAUCCAGCUGACCAGCGUUGGGUUGAAGUUUUUAGAUAAUUAAUUACCCCAAGCUGCGCCCCCUUCCUUUUGUUUACUUCCUUCUUGUAUCGUCCAUUUUUUUUGAGACCGUUUCCCAUCAAAGGGGACGCUUAAUAUAUAUUAUAUUAUCUUU